AUGGCGGCUGCCCGGAAUGUGUGUGUCUCUUGGACACAGGGCUGUCUGUGGGCGUGGGUCUGUCUGCGCGAGGGGGAGGGGAAGACCGAUGUUUCCGCGGGGUGGGGCGAUAAGCGGCAGGCAGCGAUAGUGGAGCCGGAGGCCUGGCAGAGGCGUGGUGAAGCCGGCCUGGUGUUGAUCCGGGGCUGCUGCUGCCUCUUCUCUGUCUGGCCUGCGCUGUCUUCACCAACACACCCCCCCACACCCUCCCACACCCCCUCCGCACCCACACACACCAUGUUCGCCACACACGCCCUCAGAAGAACCACCGCCGCAGCCCGUGCCGCCCCCUCUCCCGCCAGACACGCGUCCACCACCGCCACCCCCGUCGACACCACCCCCUCCUCCACCUCCUCCUCCUCCUCCACCCCCGCCCCCAGGUACGUCCAGCUCCACCACCGCCGCGUCUCCAACACCUGGAACAUCCCCAAGAAGGACCUCUUUCUCGACAUGCUCUUUGCCGCCCACGGCCCGCUCCUCGAGCCUGUCAAGGCUCACGUCGCCGACAGACUCUUCAACUCCCCGCUCUCCCGCAUCUACGUCACCACCCACGGCCACAUCAGGGUCUCCCGCCCCCCAACCACCGUCACCGACGACCUGGCCCGCUUCCGGGCCCUCCGCUCCAAAUCCCGCCACCCCAACCACCACGUCUUCUUCUCCACAACCCCUCUACCUGCCCCUGCCUCCUCCUCCUCCUCCUCCUCCAUCUUUACCCACAGUGCUGUUUCCGGUCUCCCCUUGGAGAACAACGCCCUGCUCAACCUCCCUCAUUCCCUGCUGCUGAGCCUACGUCCCUUCUGCUGUCCGGCACAACCUGGUGCUGAGUCGUACCGCGACGACCGUAUUGUUGUGCGCAAGUUGCAAAUCGAGCAGAACGACGCCGCCGUCGCGACCGUCGCGACGGCCGCUGCCAAGCGCGCUAAGCGCGCCAAAGGCGCGAAGGACGCCAAAGGCGCGCGAAAAAGCGUUUAGCGCCCUUCGGCCGCGGCCGCCGGUUCGGCUCAUUGACUGAUUGCUGGCUCAGAUAGUUGUAUAAAAGAUAUUACAUAGACACAGAUAGGCAAAGAUGGGUAGUAGCAGCCCCUGCAUGUGCGAAAGCGGCGUAGGGCUCGUGCACGGGAUUGUGGUCCCGACACAGACUCAGACACAGACAGGGUGGUGGAGGACGGAGUGGGUGGUGGACGGAGUGAGUGGAGGAGGUUGGGGGGAGGGGAUGUGGUGUAUUGUGGUAUUGUGGUAGAUGUAGUUGAGAGGGUAGUGGGUGGAGUGGGGGAUUAGGGAGGAGGUUGGUUGACCACACAUGUAGCUGCAAAGGUGGAGGUCGUCUGUGCAGCGCACACGGUAUAUAAA